CAAGGACAUCAACAGGCACUCCUCUGAAAUAAGCUGAAAGUGCCGGCAGCUUCUCUCAAAUCCAGGUUAAAUCAGCCCCUUCUUUUGUGUUGCUGUUGAUCUCAAAACUGGAAGACUACAAAAAUCUUUGGGGAGAGACUAUCUUCACUGUCCCUAGUCCCAGGGACAGUCUCUGCAAAGAGAGUAUUCAGGAAGCCAACAGGUCUUCAUACUGGAGAAGAAGUCUGUGGACCAAGGGCAAGGAUUUUGAGCUGCUAUCUCCACUGGAACACCUAGCUUUCUUGCAAAACACAAGAGGGUCUGGACAGUCCUGAGCUGAGGGAGCAUCCUAUGAAGUGAUCCUGCUCCAUGGCGGAGUCCGAAACCAAUGGCACCACCUGCAGCCUCAAUGACUUUAGGUUCCAGCAGGCCAACGCUUCCUCUUGCUGGCCUACCAUGUCCGGAGGUGGACCUGAGACAGUGAUUGUUCCUGUGCUGUUUGGACUGAUCUUCCUUCUGGGCUUGGUGGGGAAUACACUGGUACUGGUGGUUCUAGGCCGCCUUCGUCCAGGAAGACGACCGUCGCGCAGUGCCACCAACAUCUUCAUCCUCAAUCUGAGCAUCGCUGACAUCUCCUUCCUCCUCUUCUGCGUCCCUUUCCAUGCCACCAUCUAUUCUCUGCCUGAGUGGAUCUUUGGCGCUUUCUUCUGCAAGUGGGUGCACUACCUUGUCAUGGCCACCAUGCUGGUCAGCAUCUUCACCCUGGUGGCCAUGUCGGUGGACCGGUACAUUGCUGUAGUGCACGCUAAGCGCUCGCUCUGGAUCCGCAGCAAACGCAAUGCCACUCUUGGUGUGGGAGUCAUCUGGCUCCUGUCCCUCCUCAUUGCCAUCCCGGUGGCUCAGCACCAGGUCCUUGUGAGUGAGCAGCCCCAGGCGCCCAACAGAUCCUUCUGCUGGGAACACUGGGCUGAGAACCCGGGCGCUAAGCAGGUCUACAAGGUGACCAUCUUGGUGAUGGGUUACCUGCUGCCUCUGGUACUCAUCUCUUGCUGCUAUGCCAAGGUGUUAUAUCAUCUUCAUAAAAAGGUGAAGAAUAUUUCCAGAAAAUCGGAGCGAUCAAAGAGAAAGACAGCCCAGACGGUGCUCCUUGUGGUUGCUGUGUUCAUGAUCUCCUGGCUCCCGCACCACAUCAUCACCAUGUGGGCCGAGUUUGGGCAUUUUCCCCUCAACAACGCCUCCUUCAUCUUCCGCAUCAUCUCUCACUGCUUAACCUAUGGAAAUUCGUGCAUCAACCCCAUCAUCUACGCUUUCCUGUCAGAGAAUUUCCGGAAAUCCUGCCAGCAAGUCUUCACCUGCAAGUUCCUCCUUCAGCCGGCCCCUGCGGAGAAGCUAGUGAGGAUUCGCAUGGAGAACUUUUCCACCAGUCACUCAACAACCAAUGUUUAA